CAGUGUUGGCGUCUCUGGAGUUAUGGCUGCUAAGAACUUCGCUUCCCGCCUCAGGGACUCGGGGCGGUUUCUGAAUGGCUUCCUGGCUGGGGCUGUCGUGGGCGCCGCGGGAGCUGGGCUGACGGCGCUGCAGUUGCUCCGGAGCCGGGACGCGGGAUCCCCGCACGAAUCUGCAGAAAAAAUUGUCUUGGAACAGUUUGGAUUUCCUUUAACUGGAACAGAGACCAGGCGUUACACUAAUCAUGCCUUGUCUUAUGACCAGGCAAAACGGGUGCCCAGAUGGGUCCUUGAACAUAUAUCCAAGGACAAGAUCAUAGGUGACGCAAACAGAAAACAUUGUGAAUUCAAGCCUGACCCCAAUGUCCCUUCAACCUUCAGUGCUCUCAACGAGGACUAUGCUGGAAGUGGCUGGUCACGAGGACACAUGGCCCCAGCAGGAAAUAACAAGUUUUCCAGUAAAGCCAUGGCAGAAACCUUUUACCUUUCUAACAUCGUGCCUCAGAAUUUCGAUAAUAACUCUGGCUAUUGGAAUAGAAUAGAAAUGUAUUGUCGUGAGCUGACGGAGAGAUUUGAAGAUGUUUGGAUAGUAUCAGGACCAUUAACCUUACCUCAUACUAGAAGUGAUGGAAAGAAAACAGUUAGUUACCAGGUGAUCGGUGAGGACAACGUGGCAGUUCCUUCACACCUUUACAAGGUGAUUCUGGCUCGCAGAAGUCCAGAAUCUACUGAACCACUGGCACUGGGAGCCUUUGUGGUGCCAAACACAGCCAUUGGCUUCCAGUCCCAGUUAACUGAGUUCCAGGUGAGCCUCCAGGACCUAGAGAAGAUGUCAGGUCUGGUGUUUUUCCCCCAUUUGGACAGAACCAGCAACAUCCGGAAUAUUUGCUCUGUGGACACCUGUAAGCUCCUAGGUUUCCAGGAGUUCACUCUGUACCUGAGCACCAGGAAGAUCGAUGGAGCCCGUUCUGUGGCCAGACUGGAGAAGGUCCUGGAAACUUUGAAGAGCUCGGGGGUGGAACCUGAUGAUUACUUCCUGAGUCGCUAUGGGAAGAAGCUAGAGGAACUGAAAGCUAAGGAGCAGGCGGACACACAGCUGGGAAAGCUGUCCUAGUGAGGUGUGUGCUAUGCACCAUAGUGAGCAGGCACAGGCACACCCUCUCCAGGCAGUUCUGUCUUA